CCCUCGCGCCUGUUGCGGCCAAGCUGGCCAGAGCCCCGAGCCCCAGAGGGAGGGACUCCAGGAGUCUUCAUUUCCUGGAAACAGCUGGGGAGCAAGCGGUGACCAUGACGGGUUUGGCCCAGGCGCUUGGGGAGAGAGAUCUCCCUGUUCAAGAUUUUGUCUCUCUCCAAGAGAAGCCCACAGAGGAGCUGGGAAGAUUGAUACCUGGCUUGUCAAGAGCCAGAGCCCAGGAGUUAUUGACUUUCAAGGAUGUUGCUGUGAACUUCACCCGGGAGGAGUGGAGGCACCUGGACCUUGGUCAGAGGGACCUAUAUAGGGAAGUUAUGCUGGAGAACUACAGGAACCUGGUCUCAUUGGGGCAUCACAUUUCCAAACCAAAUAUGAUUUCCCAGUUAGAAAAAGGAAAAGAGCCAUGGAUGGUAGAGAGUGGAACCUCAAGAUGCACUUGUUCAACAUGCUGAAAAGGGUAUUUUGCAGAGUACAGACUGUGUAAGAUUCUGUAGCUGAGAUGCUUGUGCAGAACUUUGGACCCGGAGGAGCCCCACCACUGCAAUAUCUUGGAUCCUUUCCUCAGCUGACCCUUUAUAGGGAAACUAGGCCUGAAGCCAAAGAUUCAACUCCAAAGGAAGGCAUUUCCAAAGAGAAGUCACACCAGGAAGGAAUGACC